AUGCGUGAAGAAGGUAGGCAGGCAGUAAGCGAAGCGCAGAGGAUGCAGGCGCAGCCGCAGCCAGCAGGUAGCAGUAAUGGUGGUUUAGUCGUGCCUCAGAGCACAGGCCUAUUUCCCCAGCCUACUCAAAUGUCUUUCGAGGCUCCAAGUGAAGUUAAGAUGGCUUCUCAGCCUCUGACGAUCUCGCAGGCGCAGCCAUUUCUCAUUCCAACGACACAGUUUACCAUUCCAACCCAGCAACCCACACCAAUGGCUCCUGCUGGCACAAAUUUGCCGAUUACGCAACUUAGCCUAGCUGAGAUGGAGUCCAUAAUCUCGCCGCUCACGAGGAGACGGUCCGAGGGCUUCGUUCAACAGGAGGUCAAGUUAAUGAUCAAGGAGAUAGAAAAGCGAAGGCACAUUUUACUGUCCGUGUCGCCAUCUCAUAAUAAGCUGAAAAGAAGAGCGUGGGAAGAAGUCGCCAACAGCAUGGCCCUCAAGUGUCCACACGAACCCAGACGCACAGGGGAACAGGUGAGUCUGAUCAAGAAGAAGUGGGAGAACAUUGUCUCAAAGACGAAAAAGAAAAUUCGAGACGGUCAUGUGACACCGGAAUUGGACUGGAACGAGACAAACACAAUGGUGAUGCAGUUUCUGGCCUCGGCAACCCAAGAGAUGCGGGCAAGACAGCACGCGGCGAUGUACGGCAGCCCACAGCAUCCCUACUGUGGAGUUUCAGCGGCGCCUCCACCAUCCUCCUCUCCCUCCACGACCCACUUCACUCCAGCCACCUUCGCCGUCAGCUCCGCCUCACCACCUGUCUUUCCCUCUGCAACCAUGGCGAACACUGAAGACACCGUGGCAGCGGGUCAGAACUGCGUGAGCAACAUGGCCAUUUUCCCCGACGGGAAGCCGCUACACAAGGACCCGGCGACGGGCGCAGCGGAGUGCAAGCCGGAAGAGCUGGCGAACGCCGGCGGAGGCGCGACCCAGGCACCGGAGAGCGGUGGGACCGCCGCGUCCGUCUCGACAAUCGACAACACCGACGACGUGGACGACGACAACGACGACGCCAGCGACACCGACAACGACAUGAACGAGGCCACCCACAGCGUCUUUUCGAGCUCUCUGCCAACAGCCGGGGUACCGAUGGAGGAUGGGCUGAUCUCUCGCAUGUCAAGUGGCAACACCCUCCUCAACGGACUCAACUUCACUCUCAAUCGACAGAUGCUGGAGGAACUGAUGCAACAGGCCAGGGAGGAACACCAGCUACGCAUGGAGAUCCUGCGGCUGCAAAAGCGGGUCUGGCAUCUCAGGGUCGAGGCUUUGUCGAAGGGCAAUUAA